AUGGCCGUGGUCGCUGCUUUGCUUUGUGGGAUUGCGAUCACUGUGGAUUGUGGCACUCUGGAGCCUGACACUGGUUGGCCCCCAACUGAAAGUCAUAUCGAACUCUUUGAGGACUUGGGCAACCUAUCCUUCCCUGUGGAGGCAUCAAGCCUAGCACAAAGGUACUUCGACCAAGGAUUUCGCUUCAUUGCUGCCUUCGAUUUCCGGCGUGCCGUAAUUUCCUUCCGUGCUGCGCAGACUGUUGAUCCAGGAUGUGUCAUGUGCAUCUGGGGUGAAAGCUUCGCCCUCGGGCCAAAUCUCAACAGCUUCGACGAGCCCAGACUCUUGCAAAGCCUUCCUUUAGCUUACGAAAAGGCGCAGCAAGCGGCACGGAUGAGCGCUCUCAAGUCUUACGACCGAGCACGCAGUACCGCGAACCGCGUUGAGAUUGGACUCGUCCGCGCUCUGCUGACUAGAUACAGGGCAGUACCUGAAGACUAUGUUGCACAGGAGCACGAACUGACACAUGCAUUCGCAGACGAAAUGGCCCAUGUACUUGCUGAUCUGGAUGGAGGACCCAAAUCUCAUCCGAACAUAGCUGCAUUAGUGGCAGAUGCUUGGAUGAACACGCGGCCGUGGAACUAUUGGGAGCCAUCAGGGCGGAUGAGACGAGAGGCCGAACAGGCUCUGCAGAUUCUCCAGCAGGCAUUGUUGAGCAACCCCCGGCAUGCAUUUUGCGUGCAUUUGUACGUCCAUGUAACGGAAGCCAGUGGCAAUCAGUCCUUGCUUCAUUUGGCGCGACCCUUUGCGGAGCUGCUGCCAAAUCUGAUGCCAGGGGCUCCUCAUUUGGUUCACAUGAGCUUCCACACACUCAUGCACACGGGUGAUUUCUACGUCGCCGACGUUGAUAACGGAAGGGCUUCGUCACUUCCCAGACAAAUUUAUCCGAUGCACAAUCUUGAUACAUUGUCUUGGGUAUGCCGAAUACAAGGCCGAUCGGCCUGUUCCCUGGAUGCUGCCAAGUCGCUCGAGCACUUGGCCUUGCCACUUGUUGGCACUGGUGUUUUCGAGACGGGCUUUCCACCGGCUCGUUUUGCGUCGGUGUGGCCGCUGACCUUGCUCGCAUUUGGGCGUUUGACGGCCAUCACAUCAGCACAACUGCCGGAACAAUGCAAGUUGGAUCCAGUUCUUGGAGGCAUGUGGCAUUUCGCAAAGGGAGCUGCGCUCUCCAAGCAGGGUUAUGUCUCCAGGGCCAGAGAGGAAUUGGAGCAGUUGCAGCAAGAACGGCUGCGCAUUCAAGCACGCAUGGCCAUUCCAUCCGGGAUGGCUUGGCAGAACUUCAAUGGAAGCAAGGAUUGGGCAGUUUACCCGGCAGAUGCCAUACUGCGGUUGGCCAGCCUGGAGUUAAAGGCUCAUGUGGCCAGGGCGGAGCAUGCAGACGAGCUAAGUGCGUGGAAGGAGGCUCUAAUGGCCGAGGCCGAGUUGCCCUACGACGAGCCGCCGGCAUGGUAUUUGCCAGUCGCCAAUCGUUUUGGCGAGGCUCUGGCGAGAUUGGGCCAUGCCGAGGAGGCAGACAGUCUUUGGCAGAAAAGCCUGAGCAUUCUCCCUCACAAUGGCUGGGCAAUUUUCGGCCUCGUCCAGCUGUGCCUGAAUUCGACAUCUUCAGCAUCUGACUGCGCACAGCUCGAGACCAAAUUCAACCAGUCCUGGCGCCAUGCAGAUGUGGUGCUCUCGGACCCGGCAGAUGUCUGCUUGAAAACGGAUCUGGAGUCCAAGUUCGCAGUGAUUUUCCACAACUAUGGUCAGGAGCUUGAGGCCUUGAAGGACUUCUACGAAAAGCACCGCGUCUCGCCACAGAUUGUGCGGAACAUGCCCCCCGUGGCCGGCAAUAUCAUGUGGUCGCGGCAGCUGCUGCACCGCAUCAUGGAACCAAUGCAAAAGUUCCACCACAACCCCCUCGUAGUGGCAGGAGGCAAGGAGGCCAAACGCGUCAUCAAAGUCUACAACAAGAUGGCAAAGACACUCGUGGAGUUCGAAAUUGUAUGGCACCAGGCCUGGGUGAGCUCUAUAGAGACGACGAAGGCAGGCCUGAACGCGACUCUCCUCACCAAGCUUCCCGAGGACCAAAAGUCGUACUAUGUGAACUUCGACCCUGAGAUCCUUCAGUUGAUUCGCGAGACCAAGUGCUUGGAUCGCAUGGGCCACGUUGAGAUCCCAGAGAGUGCGCGCAUGCUCCUCUUGCAGGAAGAGAACUUUCGAAAUCGCAUAGGGACCACAGAACUACAUGCACUUGGGAUGGCCAACGAGCCCAAUGGAGAGCCAGUCAUUGCGAUCGACUCCGACGAGGAGGGCGAGCAUGCUAAGUGCGCGGAUGCGGAGGCCGCAGCUACGGCUUUGGCCGCCGAGCCACCUCGAGAAUAUGUUCUGUGCGGGCUGACACUGCCUCCGAGCCGUGGUCUUCUUACGCCCCAGCCGGUCGGCGAAGCACAGCUUUGGCUGCAGGAUCAGUCGCUUCGCGCACGCUGCCUAUACGAAGAGGAGGAGCCUGGCGAGGAAGAUGAGCAAGACGAGCUUAUCAUUCCCCUCGCUGUUGUGAGUGAUGUGGAAGUUAAAGGCGACGGCCAGUUUGUGAUCCUGUCCCUUUCACCACCUCUCGCACCAACUGGUUUUGCAGUGGAGUUCAUGGCGGAAGGUCAUCGAAUUUCCACGGUGACCCUUUCACCUUUCGCCGAGGAGCUGAGACCUGUGUUGGCAACACUGAUGAGCUGGCUACGGCAUCUGACCCUGCAUGGGCCCCGCUCGCUGGGAUUGACGCCGCGGCCAGCUGUCGAGCCUUUUGCUCUUCGCUACCAGGGCACCGUCCUGGAAGAGAGAGAUCUUGACCUCUUGGAGGACGAGCAAUGGCUCAACGAUACCAUCAUGGAUUUUUUCAUGCGCCUGGCCAUCGAUGUGGCCGCACCAGCCAAGCUGCAAGAGGAGCUGUAUGUCGCAAAGACGCAGUUCUUCACCCGCCUCACUGCUUGUGGCGCAUCUAGUGGUGAGAAAGGAUGGGAAAAUGUGAAAACUUGGACCAGGAGUGUUUCCGGGGGUGUCGCCUCACAGCGCGUCCUGAUCUACCCGGUCAAUGAGGGAAACCUCCACUGGUGUGUUUUCUUCGUGUGCCAUCCGCACCGUGCAAUCGAGCUGGCCGACUCCAGUGACGAACACCCAGAUGCACCACGCAUCGUGUGCCUGGACUCAGCCUGGGAACCUGUGCCGAAAGAUGAACAGAUCAAGCUGCUGAAGGGCUACCUGCGAAGAGAGCUGUUCAACAAUCCGCUCGGCGGCGCUGGCUUCAAACUUCCGGCCAACGGCAACUUUGUUGGACAAGCAGCCGUGAAGGCAUGGAAGGCUGCUGUUACGGGCCUAGAGAAGAUGAGGGCCCUGGAUGCAGACGUUCCAAAGCAACAGAACGUCUACGAUUGCGGCCUAUAUGUUCUUGAGUUUGUGCUGUAUCUCCUGCGUGCACCCGACCAGUUUGCAAUGCUGGGGCUGGAGUCACACCAGGAAUGGUUCGACCAGUCCGUCAUCUCGCAUCGCCGUGGUGAAAUGAAGCGGAUAGUGCAGCGUUUGCUGAACGAAGGCCGCAAGUCUGGUCAGGCGGACGUGGCGAUGCUUCUGCGAGACAAAGCUCUGCAUCAAUAUGUUCGACAGGCCCUCACGAGCGAACCGGCACCUGCACCCUCUGAGGCCCCUUGGCAGCCUCCGAGUAGUGGGCCAGAGCCAAACCGCCCACCAGCUCUGCAAGUCCCUGCAGUGCAGAGUGCGUACACCGCCCGUGGCGAUUGGGCCCAGUUCGCCUGGCAGACGCCUGCGAGGAGAAGUGCUGGAGGAGUCUCCACAUGGGAGAACUGGUCACAAGCAGGUGACGACGACUUUCACAGGUCAAAGCGUGCAAGACUGGACGCCGUGGGCGCUUAA